AUGCCGCCAGACCGCACCGCCUCGGCCAGUGUCGAGCCGCCUGCUCCCGCCGGUGCCGGUGAACGCCCGCUCUCGACGAGCUGCACCAACUGUCGCUCGCGCAAGGUCAAGUGCGACAGCGGGCGCCCCUGCAACAACUGCACCGCGCAGGGCACCACCGACUCGUGCACUUACCGACCUCGACAAAAGCCGGGCCUCAAGGCGGGCAUCUCGAACGAGCUCCUCGACCGCUUCUCCAACCUCGAGGCCGAGGUUCAGCAGCUGCGCGAGCACGGCAUCAGCGGCGUCAACCCGGGCUUCCUCUCGAGAUUCGAUUCGCUCGAGCAGGCCGUCGCGCAGAUCGGCGACCACCCGAGCGGGCGCCCAGAUCUGGGCGAGUCGGUCCUGUCGCGAGUCAGCGGGCUCGAACACAUCAUCACCAUGCUCUCGAGCCGACUCGCCGACCUCGAAACCCGUCCUUCCACCCUCUCUGCUUCUGCAUCUGGUUCGACACCCUCUUCUGCAUCUACGGCGACGAGCUUUCGCCCGCCAACGUUCGGCUACCCGCACGACAGCGCGCGGUCGCCGCGCCUUCCUCAACCACCUCCACCACCGCCACCAGAUCUCGACCUGCCGCCGCCCGACCUCCUCCAUAACCUGAUCGAGGCCUACUUCUCGGACGUCGCGCCGUACGCGCCAAUACUGCAGCGCCAGGACCUCCAGCCGACCCAGCUGCCCGACGGCUUGCUUCAGUGGCCCAUCACCAUCUACGGCGUCAUCGUCUCGACCUUGCGAUUCUCGUUCGACGCGCAGUGGAGCCGGCUGCCGCCCAAGGACCAGUACCGAGAUCGAGCGCGCAACAGGGUCAUCCUCUACAGCUGCACGACGACGUCGCUCGCGUCGCUGCAGGCGCUCGCGCUCGUCGCGCUCGACGACAUCGUGUGCAAGGCGUCGCCACGUGGGUGGGGCGCCCUCGCCAUGCUCACUCGCUCAGCAAGCCACAUGCUCCUGUUCGAGGAGGAGGCCAAUUCGCACCACGCCGGCGCGAGCGUCUCGCCCCUGCAGAUCCUCGGCGCGCCGUCGUCGUUUGCCGAGGAGGAGAGCCGGCGGCGGCUGUUCUGGGCCAUCUACCUCCUCGACCGGUUCUCGGCCUCGGCGACCGGCUGGGACUUCGCUUUCCCUGAUCAGCAUAUCACGCGCAAGCUGCCGGCGCCUGUCGAGGCUUGGGACCCGGCGAUGGAGCCGACAACUGCGCCCGUCUUCCGCUCGCCCUGCGCGCACCCGUCGGCGUUCGCCUCGCCGACCUACGACGCCUCGUCGAUCGACGUCGGCUACACGGCGCUCGUCGAGGUGUUUGACCUGCUCGGCAAUGUGCACCAGCUCCACCGGUCCAAGCUCGAGGACGUGCAGCAGUUUGUGCACGAGACCGAGGGCCUCGAGAUGCGCCUCCAGCGGUGGUACCGGUCGUUGCCGCACGAGGUCAUGGCGGCCCAGACCGACAGCCCGUUCAUCCUCGUGCGCGCCUUGUACUGGGCGACGAUGAUCAAGCUCUUGUCGCUCAUCGCCUACCCGCUCUUCCGCAACCUCACGCCCGACCCUCAAGCGGCCGACAACGCCCACUCGGCGUCGCUCGCCAUCGCCGCCCUGACCAAGAUCAUCCCGAUCCGGUCGCCCUACUUUGCCUGGGCAUGCUUCGUCGCCGCGCGCAUGCUCGUCCUGCGCGCGCACCGCCGUCACGAGCCCGUCGACCCGGCCAUCCACGAGCUCGGGCAGGCGUUCAGGGGCGCGAGCGCGAGCUGCAACCUCGCUCGUCGGUACCUCCACCUCAUCUCGCGCGCGCUGCAGCGCCUCAACUCGCUCGACGGGACGCUCGGCGGCGCAGCGGCCCUCGUCGACCUGCACCACACUUCUUUCUCGGCUGAGUCGGCGCUCCUGCCCUCGGGCGCCGUCACGCCCGUCGCCGCAGGCGGGCAGUACAACCUCGGCGCCGAGCUGGGACGGCUGCCGGGCGAGGGCGCGGCGACGUGGGUCGUUGGCGGCGGCGGGGCGGCAGCCGGGGCAGGAGCGGGCGACGUGCAGCAGGGCUCAGGGGUCGCGACGGGCGAGGCGGCGGCGUCGGGCGACGCCGAGAUGCACAUGUGGCUCGACAGCAACCUGCUCGGGCACGGGUUCGAGGGCUGGUUCGAUUUGCCGAUCCUCACGUCGCCGGCGAGUACCGGCGUCGCGUCUGGACCGUAGCGCCGAGCAUGUGU